AUGUCUGAGUAUGAAGCGUGCAUUUUGGGCCUGAGGUUAGCUGUUGACAUGGGCAUCCAAGAAUUGUUAGUGUUAGGAGACUCAGACUUACUAGUUCAUCAAAUUCAAGGAGAAUGGGAAACUCGAGACCCAAAUCUCAUACCAUAUCAACAUUGUUUACAAGGUCUUUGUCAACGAUUCGUGUCGAUAAAGUUUAGACACAUUCCCAGAGUGCACAAUGAGAUUGCAGAUGCAUCAGCCACUUUAUCUUUGAUGCUCCAGCACCCUGAUGACGCUCAUAUAGACCCUUUAUACAUACAAAUUCGUGAUCAACAUGCUUAUUGCAACAUGUUUGAGGAGGAAUUUGAUGGUAAGCCUUGGUUUCAUGAUAUCAAAACAUAUCUUCAGUCUGGAGAAUGUCCGUCGGAUGUAACUAGUAAUCAAAAAAGGACUAUUCGACGACUAGCAAGGUUUUUUUUCUUAAGCGGAGGCAUACUGUACAAGAAGACACCCGAUUUAGGUCUUCUAAGGUGUGUAAAUGCUCAAGAGGCUUCCACAAUCAUGAUUGAAGUACACUCAGGAGUUUGUGGACCUCAUAUGAAUGGAUAUGUUCUAGCCAAGAAGAUACUUCGAGCAGGAUAUUAUUGGCUCACCAUGGAGCGGGAUUCCAUAUGA